CACGCAUUUAUCGAGGUGUGACAUCUCCGUCGGCAUUGCGAACAGGUGCAAAGAGCAGCUGCUCCUCUCUUCUGCCAUUGACGGUGAAAGUACGGCGCUGCCACAGUGUGCAGCGCCAACAACGACAUCGCGCAGGAUACGAUACCCUUUGCUCCAUGUGUCGUGCUGCGCAUCUCCACGAUGCCGUUGGUUGCCUUCGUUGACAUUUGAGCGCCGCGUUAGCUUUUUAUUUUAUUUUCGGGCCUCAUAUCGGUAGAGUUGUCGCUCUGUUAGCUCGCCGCAAUGACCUCCGCGACCGCUUCAGGAAGCUCCACCGGCGAGCGCCAUGGCCUUUCUGUGUCUAUGCGGCAGCGGCCUUCCCUACCGCUUCUUGCGAGGCAGCGCGCAGGACAUGACUCAUCGACAGCACAGCCGCCCUGCCCACAACAGUCGCCGGGCAAGGAUGACAGCAGAGAUCGAGAUCAUAUGCGUCGAAAUAGCAGCGAAAGCGAUGGAAGGGAAAGGAUGCGAGAAAAAGGAAUGUCGGAGGAAAUAUCCUAUGAUCAACACAGCGAUCUUAACGGCCUUUCGUACAACCUCUCUCCAGCAAAUCUCUCUCCAGCAAACCGGUCUCCAGCAAACCGGCUCCCUCUAGCCCACACGCUGCCAUCCUCACCCACACCUUCAUUCGUGGCACCAGUAAGUCCUGGGCGGCCAUCAGAAGUUACACCUUUGCCGCCUGCCACCAGCAGUCACAACCAUUCGACCAGCUCUCGGCUCCUCAGCCCGGCGCAAAUCAAUAGAUCCAGUACGUCGUCCCCCCGCUCGACCCCGUCUGCCUCUCAACCGAGCGCCGCGCCGCUGUCCUACUUUGACGCGUACCCAGAGCGCAAGCGGCUGAAAGGCUCGUCUUCAUCGUCUGCCAGGACUGAGGGUAGCCCCUCUACCAGGCUGCGGAGCUUUCCGAGCUGCAGUAACAGCAGCGGUGCCGUCAACAGCAGCGGCAGCCCAAACCCAAGCCCAAGCCCAAGCCCAAGUCCAAGUAAUAGACCGAUUCCGUCUUCAUUUUACGGGCAUGAUGGCCGCCCAUUGUCGUCGUCCACCUCAUCGACACGCAGGCCACGCAUUGUCAAGGAGCCGGCGUCCUCAACGUCCGAGGCUGAGUCUGAGCCCCAGGAAUGCAUAGGAUGUGACAGCUCGGACCUCAAGGACGUGUUGGGUCGCCUGCGCAAGAAGAACUCAGGGCUAAUGGAAUGCGUCGAGGCCAAGGCGACUGCCUUCCGUGCUGCUAUGCGAACACCAUCGGGCUUCCCUAGUCCAAAUGUGUUCGACGAUGCAGCGGACCAAAAUGGCUGGUUUGGAGCCGGUAGCGGUGGCUACGGAACCAGAAGGCUAGGCAUGACAAAGAGGCGGUCACAUGCCGCAUUGAGGUCGCUGGCAGAGUUGGAAACCGCUUCAGAAGGGUUGCACUCUGUGGGGACGGAAAGGUGGAGGAAUAGUCCCAGCGCGCCGUCAACGGCGCAUGCAGGCAUGUUCGGAAAUAUGACAUCGUCAUCACUAGGGCACAGAAUGGGCAGGGACUUGCUUGCCAGCCCUGAGUCUUUACUAAGCGGCAGGAGCAGUCCCUACGGCGACUCGAAUGAGGGAGGCAUCUCGGAAAGCGUAAGCAUCCAGAGUGGGAGGCGAGCUUUGCAGACGGCUGCUGGAUUGGGACUUGUCUGGCCCUCCUCGCCAGAGUUGCCAGAUACGCCAUGUACGCCAGGCACGCCGAGCUCAGCGCCAUGGGGCAGUCACUCGCGCCACACGAGCGUGGCGAACUCCAGCACGCAUGGUACAAAUUGUCAUAUCCACGAUAGCUCGAUCGGCCAUGGUCACCUGGCCUCGUCGGCAGAACCUUCGGCGUAUGCUCAUCAACAAAGGUUGUUCCACAGUGGCUCGGCGAGCAGCCUGCGCUCUCGUAUGGGUACAGCUGAAACGGAUUCCUGCACCGGGCACUCACAGUGGCCACCAUGGGGCGAAGGGUGGCCUGCAGACGCGGGCAUCAGCGUUGGAGAAUCAAACCACGGCAGCUACAAAGGGUUGCCACGAAGCCCUCGGCUUGAUGAAGGAGUGCUUGAAUUGGAACCGCUAAAGCAGCUUCCAAGAGCGGGGCCAUCAGUACAGCAAAAAUCGACUGGGCUGGAAAGGCUGGCGAGAGAUCUUCACCUGCAAGCCUCGCCGCGUCUGGAGGAGGCCUGUCGGAGAGCCUCUCCCUCGUCAAGAACCAAUGGCCGCUCAGCCAGCUUCAACUCAGCGCAUGUCAAACAGCCGCCACCAGAAGCGUUGUCACCUCCGGCAGCCUCGCCUGGUGCUGCAAUUCGGCGGCCGUCGGCCUCUGCAUUAUAUGCGAGCAUAAAGACGACCGAACCGAUUCCAUCGAUCGACGACAUCAUCAAGCGACACACGCAGAAACAACCCACGUCAGUGCGAAUGAAAGGCACAGCAAAGCCUUCAGCACCCGCCAUCCCGCUUCCCGCAAGCAAUGCUAAAUGGCCUGUGGCGGUAGACAAGGAGGACAUCGACUCAGUGACGCCGACCUUGAGGAGCAGUUCGACGUUCGCAAGCCUCUCGCUCCGGGCAAGCAUGCGCGACCCCGUCACCCCACACGACGACAUGUUCCCCGCAAUGAAGGCGUCUCCCUCUUCUGUUCUGGGCAAGAGUCGCAUGGCGGUUGCUUCAUUCGCCGCAACGACUGGAGAGGCGGAUGUCGCUGGUGCGGCUCACGCGCCCACUUAUUCGAGCACAUCGGCUUUCCCAUCGUUCCAAGUCUUGACACCAUCUCUGGAUGACCUAACGCUGACGUCGCACGGCUCCGACAUGCCGAGCUCUCCGCUGGACAAAUUGUCAAGCCCAGGCUCGGCGUCGAAUCCGGCCUCCAGCUCCCCUUUCGGGAAAUCCAAAGUAGACUUGAACCUACUCAUGACCGAGCCGAUCCUUAGCAUUGACGACAUCAUCCGUGCUCAUAUCAAGACGCCAAGUCCAACGUUUGAACUACCUAGCUACUACAGGCCACCUAAGACGGCAUGUCAAGUCUUGCCUCCUGCGCAAUCCGACCUGAUGUCUGCGAGCGUAUCUCAAGGCGAUAUAUGCUCCUAUUUGGCGUCCGACUCAGAGAGUGAGAGCAGCAGCGCGUAUGACACUGACGACUCGGUGCAGAGGGAGAUAAGGGAAGCAAACAGGAUUGCCAAGAAGAAGGUCAAGGCGGACAGGUAUCGGGCUUUACAGCAAAAGUGGGAGAUGAUGCAGCAGCAGCAUCACGAUCAGCAGGCCUUUCUUGUGGUACAGCAACUACAGCAACGCUCAGGACCUUCCAGUCCCGUUUCACCACGGCAACCGCAAACCUGGCCUCAACAGCUUCCGCGCCUGGCGGUAUCUGCAUUGGGCGAAGCAGCUCAUGACAUGCUUGUCCAUCAAGAAGUCUCGCCUCGCGCCACACAGCUCGUAACAGGCUCCAACAAGAGCGAGAUUCGCCGCCGCACAGCAUCUGCUGCCAGCAGCUCCUCUGGGCGGAGUGUGCAAAGCAGCGCUUUGGCCAUCUCGAAGCGGAUGCAGGCAAAGCACGACGCCGAGCAGAAACGCGCAUUGGAGAGCCUGAUGGUUCUCAAGUAUCUGCGGUCGGAGCGCCUUACCACUUUGAUGAAGUUGUCCAAAUGGCCUCAUGAAGGGCUGACGGUUUCUUUGGCGGAUGUCGGCGAUCGCGAAGGGCUUCCAGUCUUUGUGUACCUUGGCCUAGGUGCCGUGCGCUACCUUGUUGGCCUGUACGACGAAAUGGCGCAAGCGAUGGGUCUGCGACUUAUCUGCGUCGAUAGGUGGGGAUUGGGCAAGACGGACGAGGCACCCCCGAGCAAGCGCGGCGUGCUCGACUGGGCGAGCGUGGUUGCCGAAGUCGCGGAUCGCCUUGGCAUCGGAAGCUUUUCAGUCCUCGCACAUAGCGCAGGCGCGCCAUUUGCGAUGGCCACAGCACUCAUGCAUGCCAACCGCAUACGUGGUCCCAUCCAUCUAUUAGCUCCAUGGGUCAGUUCGAGCGUUGAGACGAGCUAUAACUGGCUCAAGUACGUUCCAGACCGUAUUAUCAAGACUGCACAAGCGGCAGAGUGGAAGAUGCAGGCGUGGAGGCUGGGAAAGCUUCCGUCAAUGACGGAAGCCGAGAUCCUCGCCGGUUCUGGCAUGCUGACUCCGGAUCUUCACCACCAAGAGAACGAAUUAAUCACCUCUGGCGCGCGGCACCCGGGCAGCCUCAGCUUCGAUACGGCUGAAGGCCACGUGACGCCCUCUUCUGGCGUAUUUGCUGCUGGCGCGGGAAACGCCAGUAGCUCGCGCGAGUUUCUUGAGCGUCCGGUGAUGGAGUCAGAGUACGGCAAAAGCCCGCUCAAAGGCAAAGGCAAGUCUUCCAUGUUUGCCGGCUUGCUGGGUCAGCGCGCCGUAUCAAACAGUCCCGGUGGCCUGUCUCACAAGAGUUCUUCGAGGUCGCUCCGAGCUUACCCUCGCACCGAGUGCUCGAUCUCGAGUCCUACUUAUGACCAAGGUGGGGAGGCAGGCUAUUUCGACGAAGCACUGGGUUGCAACAUAGCGGAGGUAGCGCCGAAGGAAAGUCGGCGCUCUGUUUCACUGUCGCUAGCCAGCAGUUCAUCUGUUACGCGCAUUCCCGGCCCUGGAGCUGCUAUGCUCGGGGCGCCUCGGAAGGCGUCGAGCGGUGCGACCAGCUUGGGGGAGAACAGCAGUAAUGACGACAUGCCGCCGGUAUCCCCAGUCGUCCUCUCCAGUGCUCAAGAGACACCAUCGCUUGGCACGCCAUCACACCAGAGUCGUGAGAGCGCUCGAACGACAGCAGCUUCAGUCAACAGCGCCGCUCUCGCUGGUGAUGUUUCGACCGCAUUGCUGCAAGCUUCGCUCGCCGAGUCGACCAAGGGGGGCACAGCAGACCUUAUGUGCAUCCUCGGUCGCACGUCCAAGCCGUGGGGCUUUUCCUACACUGAUGUCAAACACCCCAUCAAGAUAUGGCAUGGCGAUCGCGAUGAGAAGAUCAGUUUGGCUGGAGCAGAGUGGAUGGUGAAGGAGAUGCCCAAGUAUGUUCAACUUAACUUGGUCAAGGACGCCGGACACGGACUCAUGACGAAUGUCGGUGUCGUCAUAGACGUUCUCGAGAGCAUUGCAUCUUUGAAGUCAGAGCGGAUAUCCGCCACGAAAGACCGCAAAGGCUGUUAGGCAGGCAGACUACUGGAAAUCAGGCGCACAGUAGCAUGCAUACCAACAACAGCAUCCUCAUUAUUUCAACAUGCACCACGCGACGGUCCUAUGCAGUCCUGGACAGUGUUCCCUUUACUAAUGUACAACUAGGUGCAAUCACAAACGAUCAUACCCUGCGUCCCUGCACAACUGCAUGUUCAGACGCCCGCUGGCGCAUUUCAGCGCUGCACCUUCAGCCUUCUCACCUUUCUUACCACUCACUGCCGCCUUUACGUUGUUGCAAACACAACCUUUUGGGUCUAGUGGCUAGUGCGGCAGGCGCAAUCAUCGAUACUCAACAUAAUUCAUAAUUGGUUCAUUGACGUUCGACCACUUCGCCGCGUCGAGGCUGACAGCGGCGAGAGCUGCUGGCAG